AUGAAGGUCUCCUCUAUCGCUCUUGCUCUGUCGUUCUUCGGGGCAUUUGUACAGGCAAUUGAGCCACCUCGCAAGCCUUCCCAACCCCAGGGCGGCGGUUCUAAGAUCCUGACCUACAAUGAGACUGUCCUAAGGCCAUCCUUUGGUGCCAGGUCCACAUCCGUCAAUUGGUUCGCUGGUGGUGAAGAUGGAACAGGUCUCCGUCUUUCAGAUAGCGGUGAUAUUGUUUUCGAGAACUUUAUCACCGGCAAAAGUGAAGUCUUCGUUCCUUCGAGCCGUAUUCCUCGAGGGUAUGUGCAGUAUUGGAUCCGUCCAGACUUGAAAAGGGUCUUGUUCGCAGUCAAUUACUCGAAGCAAUACAGACACUCUUACUUUGCCGAUUAUCUUAUUCUCGACGUCGCUACCGGACAGACGACACCGAUUGUUGCAGACCAGGCUGGAGACAUCCAGUAUGCUGAAUUUGCACCCACCGGCGAUGCUAUUGCUUUUGUUCGAGGAAAUGACAUUUACUUGAGCAUCAAUGGCCAGGUUACACAAAUCACAACGGAUGGUGGCCCGGAUACUUUCAACGGUGUCCCCGACUGGGUUUACGAAGAAGAAAUUUUCGGUGAUCGUAAGACCCUUUGGUGGUCCCCUGAUGGUGAAUAUGUUGCCUAUCUUCGUUUUGACGAGACUGGUGUCGAGACCUUCCGAGUUCCCUAUUAUAUGAACAACCAGAAGAUUGCACCUGCCUACCCACGGGAACUUGAACUUCGAUAUCCAAAAGUUGGAACUACAAACCCAACUGUCACCUUCCACUUGUUGGAAGUUAGUUCUUUACAGCAAACCGACAUCCCAAUUGAUGCCUUUGCAAAGGAUGAUACUGUCAUUGGUGAGGUAGCCUGGUUGACCGAUGCCCACUCUAAAGUUGUCGUCAGGGCUUUCAAUCGAGUUCAAGACAAGGAGAAGUUGGUCCUCGUCAACGUCGAUACUGGCAAGACAAAGGUUGUCCGUCAAAGAGACGGCUCCGACGGAUGGCUUGAUAACAACAUUGCUAUCACAUACAUCGGAACCGUUGACCGACGACGCAGCCCACGGAAUAAUAAGAAGGAAUACUACGUCGACCUAUCUGACCACUCUGGUUGGAACCACAUUUAUCUCUACCCAGUCGAUGGUGGAAACGCUAUCACUCUUACCAGAGGUAGGUGGGAGGUCACAGCUAUCCUCAAGGUUGACACCGACAGGCAGAUCAUCUACUUCCAAUCCACAAAACAGCACAGCACCUCCCGCCACAUCUAUAGUGUCUCGUAUAAGACCGAUGAAGUGAAAGCUCUUGUAGAUGACUCUGUCCCAGCAUCUUAUUCCGCCUCCUUCUCUUCUAACGCUGGCUUCUACCUCCUGACUUACCGCGGCCCUGAUGUUCCAUAUCAGGAACUCUACGCUACAAACUCCAGCAAGCCUCUCCGUACCGUCACUGAUAACUUGGCCCUCUACAACAAACUUAAGGAAUACAAGCUCCCCAAGAUCACUUACCUCGAACUCAAGCACCCAGAGGGAUUCACAAUCAACGUUAUGCAACGUCUCCCCGCAAACUUCGACCCCUCCAAGAAAUACCCAGUCCUCUUCAUUCCAUAUGGUGGCCCAGGCGCCCAGCAAGUCUCGCAAGCCUUCUCGUCUCUCAAUUGGAAUGCAUAUAUUGCCUCCGACCCAGAGCUGGAAUUCAUCACCUGGACUGUCGAUGGCCGAGGAACUGGAUACAAAGGCCGCAAGUUCCGUUCCGCAGUCGCAUCCCACUUGGGACGUUACGAAACUCAAGACCAGAUCUUUGCCGCCCAAGAAUUGAUCAAGAGGAACUCGUUCGUUGAUAAGGAUAAGAUUGGUAUCUGGGGGUGGAGUUACGGAGGAUACCUCUCUGCGAAGGUCUUGGAAGCAAACAGUGGGUUGUUCAACUAUGCGCUUAUCAUUGCGCCCGUCUCGGACUUCAGGUUCUACGAUUCGAUGUACACUGAGAGGUACAUGAAGACCUACGAACAAAACCCAGCCGGUUACAACGAAACUGCCGUCCGCAAAACCGACGGCUUCAAGAAUAUUAAGGGUAAAUUCUCAAUCUUACACGGUACAGGCGAUGACAACGUACACUACCAAAACGCUGCCGCCUUGGUUGAUCUAUUAGUCGGUCAAGGUGUUGGACCUGAUCGCAUGGAUAUGUUUGCAUUCACCGAUAGCGAUCAUGGUAUCUCUUACAACGGAGCUUACCACUGGUUGUAUAAAUAUUUGACUGGAAAAUUGUUCGAGGAAAAGAAGAGAGUCGUUGGACAGCCGGAGAUUAAGCACCAGUGGAGCAAGAAGGGUGUGCCGGUUAGGAAUACCUUGCCAGUGGAGAAGAAGAGUACACCCGAGGUUUGA